UAAAUAUUAAUAUAAUUUGUGGAAAUUUUAACCCUUUACAUGCCAGUUUGUUUACAUUAACCCAUGUUUUUUAACAGAAAAAACAAAAAAUCUAAAUAUGUUCCCCCCAAAAAACAUUUGAACUACCAUUUGAUUAUAAUUAUUAUUAGACCCUAGGAUGGGUCAAAGAUUGGUAGCAACAUUGAUUUUCAUGCAUUGUUAUUUUUUGAACAGGGUCAGAUUUUAUACAAAACUCACACUUCCUAAGGCCAAAAUUAUCCUAAGGCCAAAAUUACACCUUCCCAAAAACUGCUCUAAAAAUAUCAUACAUCAAUAAUUUUUUCCACUUUAAACUAUUAAAUCUUUUAACACUACUUCUUCCUGAAACAUACAUGUCAAAUAUUAAUAAAAUUUGUGGAAAUUUUAACCCUUUAAAUGGUUAUAUUUACCCACAGGUUGGGACUAUAACACAAGUAUUUUCCCUACAUGUCAUUUUGAAGUCAAUGUCGUUUGGUCACAAGCAACUGUGCGCGACUGUCAGCAUUUGCUACAAAAGUAAAAACAACAAAAAUACGGGACGCGGAUGAAAGGUUAUAACCCAACACUGUGUACUGCACAACACCGACAUUGGCCGGUUUAAAGGACUCUUGACAAGAGUUUACCAGUAUUUUCUCACUAAUGUGUUAAUGAUAUCUUACUGAUAACAUUGUUGUUGUGUGUGUGAACAACACACUUUAGUGUUUACUGCUAAAGUUAUUCUGGUAAAUGUACUGUCAAUGUCUCCUCACUGUGUUAUUAUGGCAGACACCUUCACUGAUGAAUUAAUAAGGACAUACAUAUAUAUUAUAUGUGUUACAUGUCAAUGUUUGUGUUUUUACAUGUUUUGUUAUAAUUGUGUUGUUGUUUCUGACAGGUGUCAUUGAGUAAAUCCAGUAUAUACCGUAGACAUGAGGUGGCACGCUUCACAAAAGGCCAGCGGCUCCUAUUCAUGCUCUGGGAACUCAGGCAACAUGUCUGCAAAAGAAGACUUGGAAAUCAAUGAGUGCCAGAUAUCCACCAUCCAAGUGGCAACGCAUGAAGAGACCACGGCGACUGGGGACAGCCCGGAAUGUGCCCGUGGUGGGGCCGUAAAGGUGGAGAAAGGUCGCGACUGGGGUUGGCUUUUGUCCGGAUUCAUCUGUUUAAAUGUACUGCUCCUGGGAAUUGUUUUAAUCAGCGGUAGCGUCUUCAACGGGACGCAGAUUUCAGCUUCGCACCUGCAGAUUUUCCUCAUCUUAAUCGUCUUUCUCACUACCAUAUGGAUGGUUUACUACAAAGCCCAUACAGCGAGGCUGUACAGUGCAGUACUGUAUAAAGAUAGCCACGCCGGACCCGUCUGGCUAAGAGCUGGCCUGGUUCUGUUUGGCAUCUGCAGUGUUAUCAUGGACAUUUUUAAGAUCAUUUACUAUGUGGGUUAUGCAGAGUGCGAGUCGCCAGUGAAGAUUGUGUUUCCUAUUGUGCAAGUUGUGUUUGUUAUUGUGCAGACUUAUUUUCUCUGGGUCCACGCUAAAGACUGCGUACAGCUACAGCAAAACAUCACACGUUGUGGUCUGAUGUUGACAUUGUCAACGAAUCUUGUGGUUUGGAUGACCGCUGUGACAGAGGAGUCGCUUCAUCAAACCAUUAUUCCAAGCAACAGUUCAUCUAACACCCCUCACAGCUUCAACUUGACGGAGAAAUCAGCAGCCAUGAGCGACUGCAAAUGCAGCCACGAUGUAUGUAAUGAUUUUGAAAAGGCCUACUAUUACACGUACCCCUUCAACAUCGAGUACAGCCUAUUUGCCUCGGCGAUGACCUACGUCAUGUGGAAGAACAUCGGCCGCCAGAUGGACGAAUACCACAACCAUCAUCUCAGAUUCAGCAUGUGGGACGUUCUGGUCGGUCCGGUGGCCGGACUCAUCAUUUUGGUAGUGGGUCUGGGUACGUUUGUAGUCUACGAAGUGGACGUGUCUAAAGAAGACCCAAUCAAGAAGAUGGAAGCCCUGACCAUCUAUUACAGCACAAACAUAGUCACCAUCUUACUGAUGUCCAUAGCGACUCUGUCCGGUUGUUUUAUCUUCCAGCUGGAUAAGAGGGAGCAUGUGUCAGAGAAGAACCCUACGCGGAGUCUAGACGUGGUACUGUUGGUGGGAGCGUCGCUGGGCCAGUUCCUCAUCUGCUACUUCACUAUAGCAUCUGUGCUGGCGUCAGGGGUCAAAGGGCGCGUGAACAGGCUCAGUCUGGUCUCGUCUCUUCUGACCGUGAUCCAGCUGUGUCUACAGAACGCCUUCCUCAUCAAAGGCCUCCACCGAGAGCCGUUCAAAGAGACGCACACAGCCACUGUCUUCGCUAACGCCAGGGUUGUUCAGAGGGACCCGGAAAGACGGGCCAGCUCUAUCGUUCCGGCGCACGCGCUACCCAUCUCCUUGACGCUGUUUCUGGGCCGUCUCUCCUGGAAGAGGAGGAUCCUAAAGGAGAUCUGCGCCUUCUUGUUACUCUGCAAUGUCAUUCUGUGGAUUAUACCAGCAUUCGGAGCCCGGCCUCAGUUUGACGACACUGUCGGAUCAGACAUCUAUCAGUUUCAAACGUGGGUAGCUGUGGUGAAUAUUGGGAUGCCAUUUGGGAUCUUCUACCGCAUGCACUCGGUGGCCAGUUUCUUUGAGGUCUGCCUUGCCUCUUAACUCUUACUGUCAGAUGAUGCACAUCACUUUGUAAUAUUAAAUAUACUAUAAAUAUAUACAUUUAUUUUAUAAUGUAUUUUUUUUAGCUAAAAGUUUUAUUAUUUUUGAUUUUAUACUUUAAUACUAUGGUGUAUAUGUUUGUUUGAGAAUUUGUGUAUGUCUUGUGGGGAUCAUGUUGAAUGAACUGAAAUCUUAUGAAAUAUGUGUAUGAUGUCACAUAUCUAUUAAAAUUUGGCUUAACGCUGUUACAAUACUCUGAGAGUAAAGCUGAGAGCUGUACCCUUUAUAGAUUCAAUGGAUCACUGGAUUUUACUCAGAAUAAAAUGAAGG